UCGUUGAGAGCAGCAAAUCGGGCCGAGAGGACUUUUGUCAAACGCAAGUCAAACGUGGAGGACUCGUAUAAGGCAGUAUGUAAACCCACGGUUUCCCAGUCUCCCCUUGUUCCCCCGCUUGUUAAUAUGGAAUUUAAAUGAAGCAAUUACAGCUUAUUAAAGGCAGUUUUUCUUGAGAAAAAAAGAAUUAGAAAUUUUUGUGUACUAUGAACGACGAUGAAACCUAAAAAAAUUAAGGAGAAAUUUUUGAUAUUAUGUUUGGGAUUUAUGUGCUUAGUAAAAUACUCAAAUAGCCGAAAAUGGUCUGAGAAAAAAAGUAAUGCAAAUAAAAAAUUUGUGAGCGUACGAUACAAUAGUUUCAGACAUGAAAGAGAACUUCGGAUUGCUUUCAAAGGAAUUUUUAUGUUGGAGACCACCGCAUUUUUGGACUCUAUUUAUGAAACAAAAUUGCAUCAAAUCACGGAUGGUAGCAAACUGAUACAAACUGUUUACCAGAAUGGUGUCAUCAAAGACUGUGAGUUCUCAGUAGAAAACGCUACCAUUCUGCAGUUCGUGCAGGAUUUUGCUAACGAUUCUAAAAUUUUCUACCGAAAAGAACAAGGUGACGUGUUUUCUCUGUACAAUUCCAAUGCUCGUGAUACAAACUCCAGUGCUCUUGUGUUUUUUCGCCGGAGAAAGUUUUUGCAGAAUUUUAGAGAUCUGAUCAAGAUCAGACACGAUAUUAAACUUUGCCACAAAAUUGCAAAUAAAAUCAAACGAAACCAUCGUCUUCCACGGGAAGAACUUAUUCCGGUGUACGAUGUUGAAAUCUCUCCAACAAACGACAAAGGAGGAACCAGAAGAAGCAAGCGCUCCUCUCUGUUUGCCAGCUUCCUGAUGUACCCCGGCACCAGAUGGUGUGGGAGGGGACAACUGGCCACUGAGUACGACGAUUUAGGGGAGGAUAACGAGUUAGACGUGUGCUGCCGGGACCACGAUCUCUGCCAUCACAUCAUAGAGCCCUUCACCAAGAAGUUCCACUACUUUAAUUUCCGCUUCCACGCUGUGUUGCAUUGUAAAUGCGAUCAAGAGUAA